AUGAAUUGCUUUACUGAAAAUUGUUGUUUCAAAUUCAAUUAUUUUAUUUGUGGUUCAAAAGAGAAUUCAUCAAAGAAGAAAAUCAGUGUAUCCGAAAAUCUUUAUGUUAAUCAAAUUCGUUCAAAUGACAAAAUGAUGCCUUUGAAAGAUUUCUCAUCUUAUUGUAUAUUUUCAAAAGAUAAUUAUUUUCAAAGUAAAUCUUCGUUUUAUUCACUUGCUCAAUCUUAUGUGACAUUAAAUAAUCAAAUUUUAGUCAAAGAUAUUAUUCUUUAUCGUCAUAAUCCAAAUGAACAAUUAGGUUUAACUCUUUCCUAUGGAAUCACAUCACAAUUUCAGACAAAUAUUUACAUUGAAAAGAUUGAAAAAGGAAGUCUCGCUCAUCGACAAGGAGAAUUUCAAUGUGGAGAUCAAAUUAUUCAAAUAAAUAAUAUCAAAGUUUUUAAUCGAGAACAAGCAAUUCAAUUGAUUCAAGGUGUUUCACUUCUCAUUUUUCAAAUCAUUCGUUUUCAAUUCAAACAAGAACAUUCUUCUCAAAGAACACAGUUAACUGAAGAUGACAGUGGAAUUAUUUUAGGAUUUGAAAGAAAUCGACGACGAUCAACUAGUUUAUCGUGUUUAACAAGAAAUCAUUUAUUAAAUCGAUCUCGUCGUUGUCUCUCGUUAAAUGAUUUAGCGAGAAAAAAUCAAUCGAUAUUUUCUUUUAAUGAUUUAAUUCAAUCGGAAAGUUUAUUCGAAACAACAACUACAGAUAAUGAAAAAAAUAUUCUUAAACCACUUCCAUUUAAUUAUCAGAAAGAUUUCGUAAGAAAAGAUUCGAAAUUAAUUCGUCGUCGUUAUCGAGAAAGACGUUUAAAAGAAGAUAAUCAUUCAUUGAUAACAACAACAACUGAUGAAGAUGAAUUUAAACAAGGUCGAUACUGGACACGAAAACAAAGAAGGGAACAAUUUCAAAAAUGUAAACAAAAUAAACAAAAAGAUUUGUUAAAGAAAAAUCAUUCGUUGAAAAGAACAACUGAUGAUUUUAAUUUAUUAAAUCGAAUAUUUCUUAGAGAAAAUCAACAAGAAUUACAAGAAAAACCAUAUUUAGCUGUACAAUUUUCUAAACAAACAAAUAUUGAAAAACAAAAAUUAAAAGAAUUUAUUCAACAAAAUCAAAUGAAAAGAUCACAUAAAACAUCUUUAUCAACAACAACUGCAUCAAUCAAUACUUCUCAUUAUCAAUCAUCAUCAAUUAUUAUUUAA